AUGCGUCGAAUGAUGACAAUGCACCCGCGGAAGAAGCGAGAAAGCACGCCUAUCACCGUCGACACCUUAACAACUGUGGCCGAUUCUGCGCCGAAAACUGUCUCGAUGGGGACCUUUCCUGAAAGCGGUUCUAUCUCGGCAACUAACGAUCGGAAGGAGAACGGCGUGACGGUGAUGCUGGUGGCGAUAACGAGCGAAUUCCUUCUGUUCAACUUAUUGGCCUUCGCCAACAACGUCCUUGAAUUAACUGGUGCUUAUGGCCACACACAGUUGGAGACUCUUCUUGUCGAGGUUUCCGCCUUACUUGUGAACAUAAACGGUGCUUCGACUAUAGUGAUUUAUCUGAUUUUUGGAAGCAAGUAUCGCGCCAUAUUUAUUCAGCUUCUUCAACGGGUCGGUAUUAGGAUUUGUAAACCGCGGAAAAAAACUCUGUAUACCAAUCAUCCACAUUAUGAAACCACUCAGUUGUUGGAUUCGAAAUACGACGAUUGUUCGCGAAGCAAAUGGAAGGUAAGCUGCCCUUCAUGA